AUUCCAAAUCUCCCAUCCCGAGCCGUGCCCUCGCUUUCUCCGAAAAGCGGGAGCGAGCGCUCCUCUCACUUUUUACAUCUUCACUUCACUUGGCCUACCAGCAGUCCAGCAGAGUUUCCGUCUCCCCGACUCCCGACUGCCGGCCCUGACCUGCCCUGCGCCGCGCGGAGCCGCGUACUACCGCCCGCCCACCACCGAAACCCUAGAGCAAGCAGGGAUGCACAGUCCGGUCCCGCUCCUCCUCCUCCUGCUCCUCUGCACGGCCGCGGCGGCCUCCGACGGCUCCCAGCCCCAGGCGCAGGCACCGGGGGCGGCGCGGCGGGGGAUGGUGCCAGUGGCCCCCGCGGAGGCGGAGCUCGGCACCAUGGUGGCGCUCGCCCUCAACGGCACGCGGCGCCGGCUCGGGGGCAGCUUCCAGCUUUGCGCGCCCUGCACCUGCUGCGGCGGGGCCAGCGGCGCCUGCAUCCUCGCGCCCUGCUGCUACUCCAUCAACUGCAACAUCCCCAACCGCCCCUUCGGGUACUGCUCCUUCACGCCCAAGUCCUGCCAGUGCGUCGGAUGCAACCUCUGAGCUCCGUGGCCGCGGGAUUCAUUGGAUUGGAUUGGUCAGAGUGUGUUUGUGUGUGUGUGUGUGUGAGAGAGAGAGAGAGUGGGGUGGUAACGAAUCUGUAUAAAAAAUUCCCCACAUCCUUAGUUAAGUGGCGAUUGCUAUUACUUCUACCUAGUAGUAUUUUGCUGUGAUCACUGCUACAUUCGACUUAGUUGAGGAAAAAAAAGAGAAAGGGGUCUGGGUUGAUCUAGAGGUCACUACUCUGGGGUUUUGCUUUUCUGUCGCCACACAUUGGAUGUCUGAUUAGGAUGCUACUACUUGUUCAUAGUGGUUUGUUGUUGAUAGCUGGAAUAAAUAUACCUGUUUAGGUGCAUGGAUCUAGUCAUCUAGUGCAUUUUA